AUGCCUCCCCGACUGUCACCCGCCGCCGCCAGGGUCCCCGCGGGCGCCGGUGGCGGAGCCGAGACCCUCCCCCCGCCAGGCCGCCGCCCUGCGCCCUCCCCGCCCCCGCCGCGCUCGGCCGCCAGAGAUCGCAGGGCCCCGCGCCUCCCGGACCGACGAAACGCCAGCGUGCAAGUUAACCGGAAAGAUAGUAUCCGGGAGAGUGAUGCUGAUUUUGACUUAAACUUCUGUAGCAAAAUUAUUGUCUCUGUCGCUGAUGGCAAGAGGAAGUCGUUUAAGUUGUCCAUCAUGGGUCCACCCUCUUACAGCGACUUGAAAAGCUCUGUAUUGCCUGGCAGCAGCGCUGGCAAGUGCCCUAAUUCUGCGGAGCAAGCGCGAUCAGUGUUUUGGAGAACAUUUUCAUCACUGUCGUUUCUGAAGAAAAUACAAAGAAGGCAGGAGAAAAAGGCAAAGCAUAGGAGACCAAAGACCCCGAUUGACCAUGACUAUGACGGUGACCAUGUCUAUGACCAUGACACAUAUAGUGAGGGGACAAAUUAUGGUGAAAUGGUCACAUACCCCUGCUCUGUCUGCCGCCAAGAAAUCAACACAGCUAACACCUUUUUCCAUAAGAAACAUCAUAAUGCUCUGAGUACACUUGGUUUCUAUUGGAUGGGAGGGAAGAGACCGACUCCGUCAGUGAUUAGUAGUCAGAGAGCGUUUGUGAUUUCUAAACUAUUGAAAUCUUUUAGGUUCAGUGAAAAAAUUCUUCAGUGUUUGAAUUACGCAUUUGAGCUUCUUCGGCAGAAACAAAUCCCAUCACACUUCAAACUUUGUGAAAAGGCUGGCCAGACUUUUACAUAUUCUCCAGACAUCUGCCAUCUGCUCAUUAAAGGUGUAGCCGUCUGUGGCAAUAGUAGUUCAACCUGGAAAGCUGGGCCAAAUGGUAAAUUUACCUUCACAAAUGAUUUUGGUGCAAAAGCUAAUGUGUGCUUUUUUGGUUUGUUUGAUGGCCAUUAUGGUGAUGCAGCAGCAGACCUGGCAUCAAAGGAGUUGCAGGUCUUAUUUCUCUAUCAACUGUCUAAACAGGAUCCUUCCUACCAAAUGACAGCUGAGCAGCAGAAACUGAUCAAUUCUUUUCAUACUGUGUUCAGGGAAGAAUACAGAGCCGUAGAAGAGAUCUUCUCUUCCAAACGCAAAAAAUUCAGAACCAGUAGACGGCAGUAUGAGGAAAUACACAAAGCCUUUGCAAAGGCAUUCUGGAGAAUGGAUAGGCUUCUACGGCUUGGAAGAAACGAGGUGUCCCGGGUUCGAUGGAGUGGCUGCUCAGCGCUUACUUGUAUGUUAGAAUGUGGGAUUAAUAACCCAGCCACCAGUAAGGAUUGGGGAAAAAAAAAUCGGCAGGGUGCUACCAGUUUUCCUAUCCAGAAGACUCCACAGAUCAUGUCUGGAACACUACACAUUGCAAAUGCUGGUAACGUGCAAGCAGUCUUAUGCAGAAAUGGAAAAGGGUUUUGCCUGACUAAAGAACACACUUUACAGAACAUCAAAGAAAAAAGAAGAGUCCUUCAGAGAGGAGCAGUGAUUAGUUCAAAUGAGCCCUACAGCUUCCUGGAAGGACACAUAAGUACCACCAGGGGUCUUGGAUUCCACGGAAACCUCACACUGAAAAAGUUCCUGAUUCCAGCACCCCAAACAAUUUCUGUACCUAUAGAUGAUUUAUGUCAGUUUCUUAUUUUAGCCACUAAUGGACUUUGGGAAGUUUUGGACAAGAAGGAAGUCACUGCACUGGUAAUAACCUUGUUUCACACAUACGAACAAACAUAUGCUUAUGGCUCUACAAAGAGGUCAUCAGAUAGUAACAUCCACGUACUAUACCAGUACAAACCUGAAUAUGGAGAAGUUAUGUCAACUACAAACCUAGUGCAAAGGGCAUCUGAUUCAACAUAUUAUGAGCUUUGCAUUCCUCAGGAUAGAAAUGAAGAUAAAUCUCCUCCAGGAGUGACUAAUUCUGAUGCUUGCAGCAAAAAAGAAACUAACAACUCACCCAUUAUUGACAAUAAGCAGGUAACUGCGAAAGAAUUACGUGAUAAGAAUUUCUAUGCAGAUGCAGCUGAGUACAUUGGCUGUGAGCUUGUAAAUGCUGCUUUAGGAGGUGGUUCCAAAGACAGUAUCACUGUUACAGUAAUGUUUCUCAAUGGCAGUGAAUAUCACUUACUAACAGAAAAACUUUCCAAUUAUUAA